AUGACAUACAAAGCUUGUGGAGGAAGUUUCCGUUCCGACGACGUCGCCGAAAAAUCAUGGAAACGCCCCUUGGGCUCCGCCCUCAGCAAUCGGCAAACGUUGUCGUCGUCGCACGCAGUUGUAGGAAGGUAGGCACCUCAGCGGGGCGCGUAUUUGUUUGAAUUUACCUUUCCAGCUCGUUCGCGCUCUAUGGCGCCGAGUCUCUCGGCGAGUCGUUUCUUUCGUCUUUUUUUUGUCCAACUUCUUCGCUCGUUUCCGUGCUUGCGUCCUUGUUCUUGCGGCUGUACAGAACCUCCGAGGCGACUCUGUUUACCGCCUCAGGGCCGACCAAUGCUUCUUCGAUUUUUUUUUUCUAA